GGAACAUCCAGAUUUCAAGCACCUCGAUGUGCUCGAUUACAAGGGGUGAAGGCUUGCGCCGGGAAAAUAUAGGAAAUUCAGUCAGUCGGGCCGAGCGAGCGCGUGAGGGCGGUGUACCGUCUGACUCCCUCUAAGCCCCAUAAUGAAACUUAGAGCAUUUCCAAUUCUUAUAAUAAUAACAUUUUUCUAAGGACUUAAAACAAUCAGUGAAUCCCAUUUAAAUUUAAGUACUGUGCAUAAACUGUCAAGAUGAGGCUACAUGUGUUAAAAUACUAGUGGCGGGAAACCGUUUUGAUAUCUCGCUUGACGUGUUGUGUCUAUGUGUAUGUAGAGCGAGAGGACCCGUCUGCCCUAGAGGGCGGCCGACAUGCUGGUUUCGUCGUGAAUCGAUAUUUUUGGAACGUUGUAGAGCAGAAACCAUGAGGUCCGAGGCUCAAUAAAGGAGAACUAUGGAAAAUGAGAGAAGAGUUGAACAAUGACAGUAUGUCCCAGCCGCGAGCGAUGACCCUGCAGGGCGCCAGGGAUCGCGCAGCACCGGCGGCGGCGCCCCUACGCACAUCCCACAUUUCUUUUUUUUUAGAAAAAAUCACGCUUAUUAGGCUAUAUCUACAAUUAAUACAGGCGAUAGCACACUUACACCGGAAGGCCAGCGUGUCAUUCCAGCGACUACGUGUGAACUUUAAUUUAUCAAAGCGUCCUCUUGUUAAAUUAAAAGAAAUCGUGAAUGUAUUUAGCAUUAGAACUAGAACUGUAUAUUGUGUAGUUAAAUCGUUUUUAGUGACAACAUUAGUGCAAUUAUUCAUUGUUGCCAAGUGCGGGGUGUGUGUCGCGCGGUCGCGGUGUCGGCGACGGUGCGAGGUGGCCCGGGUGAUGUUUCUGCUAUGGUUGAGCGCUUGUGGGGGCUAUAGUGAAGGAAGACGCGACAAUGACCUGCAUAUCGGCGGCAUUUUCCCUAUGGAGGGUGAAGGUGGCUGGCAGGGAGGACAAGCGUGUAUGCCAGCCGCAGAACUCGCGCUUGCCGACGUGAAUGCCAGAUCGGACCUAUUAUCCGGAUUUAAGCUACGUCUGCACAGCAACGACAGCAAGUGCGAACCAGGGUUGGGAGCCAGCGUCAUGUACAAUUUACUGUAUAACCCACCGCAAAAAUUGUUGCUGCUAGCAGGAUGUUCGACAGUUUGUACUACAGUCGCGGAAGCUGCUAAGAUGUGGAACCUAAUGGUCUUGUGCUAUGGAGCUUCGUCGCCAGCGCUGUCGGAUCGGUCUCGUUUCCCGACGUUAUUCCGAACGCACCCGUCAGCAACAGUCCACAACCCGACGAGAAUCAAGCUGAUGCAGAAGUUCGCCUGGUCACGAAUCGCUAUACUGCAACAGGCCGAGGAAGUUUUUAUUUCGACUGUCGAAGAUUUGGAGGCUCACUGCAAGAAGGCCGGGAUCGAAAUCGUAACCCGCCAAUCGUUUCUAUCAGACCCAGCAGACGCCGUGAGGAAUCUUCGUCGUCAAGAUGCGAGAGUGAUCGUCGGCCUGUUCUACGUAGUAGCAGCCAGGAGAGUACUCUGUGAAGUAUACAAGCAUAGACUAUACGGAAAAUCCUACGUGUGGUUCUUUAUAGGUUGGUAUGAGGAUAAUUGGUUCGAGACGAAUCUAGAACGGGAAGGCAUCGAAUGCACGGUGGAACAGAUGAGAGAAGCGGCCGAAGGUCACCUCACAACCGAAGCUCUAAUGUGGAAUCAAAAUGCCAACCAAACUACGAUAUCCGGAAUGACAUCUGAAGAUUUUAGGUCAAGAUUAAAUGAGGCACUCCGCGAAGCUGGCUACGACAUCGAUGGAGAACGGUAUCCGGAAGGCUACCAAGAGGCACCCUUGGCUUAUGAUGCAGUCUGGUCUGUUGCUCUGGCUUUCAAUAAAACAAUGGAGAAACUGCAGAAGAGCGGUUUGAGUUUGAAGAAUUUCACGUACACAAACAAGAAAAUAGCUGAUGACAUUUACGAAGCCAUAAAUUCGACGUCGUUCCUUGGUGUUUCGGGAUUGGUAGCAUUUUCGUCUCAAGGUGAUCGCAUAGCUCUGACACAAAUCGAACAAUUAACAGACAAUCAUUACGUGAAACUUGGAUAUUAUGAUACACAAGCAGACAACCUUACUUGGCUAGAUCGGGAACGGUGGGUCGGUGGAAAAGUCCCUCCCGAUCGAACUGUGGUCGUCAAUGAGCUGCGAACGGUUUCUCUGCCGCUUUUCGCGUGUAUGACGGCCCUCUGCAUCGCUGGAAUAUUGGCAGCCAUAGCUCUUAUCGUAUUUAAUAUAAUGCAUAGACACAGAAGAGUAAUACAAUGGUCCCACCCGGCUUGCAACACCGUAAUGCUUUGUGGAUGCUGCGUGUGUCUCUGUGCGGCAGUAGCUUUGGGCGUCGAUGGGCGAUGGGUACUACCUCAACACUUCAAUGGAUUGUGCGCUGCCCGAGCUUGGCUCUUGGCUACAGGAUUCUCGAUGGCAUAUGGAGCAAUGUUUACGAAAGUCUGGAGGGUACAUCGACAUACGACUAAACCAAAAAUUGAUAAUAAGAAACGCAUUCAUGGUUGGAAACUGUAUACAAUGGUCGGGGGACUGCUCGUUGUAGACGUUGCACUCCUGACAGCUUGGCAGCUCCGGGACCCGCUGCAGCGACGCGUCGAGACAUUCCCCCUGGAAGCCCCGCGACAUCACGACGACGACGUGCACAUACGACCCGAAUUGGAACACUGUGAGAGCAAACAUAACACCGUGUGGCUUGGCGUAAUGUACGGGUACAAAGGCCUGGUGCUAGUUUUCGGACUGUUCCUGGCCUACGAGACACGCUCGGUGAAGGUUCGACAGAUUAAUGACUCUCGCUACGUCGGCAUGAGCAUAUACAACGUGGUCGUGUUGUGCCUUAUCACUGCGCCGGUUACGUUGGUCAUUGCGAGUCAACAAGACGCAGCGUUCGCCUUCGUUUCCCUAGCGAUUGUCUUCUGUUGCUUCCUGAGUAUGGCCCUAAUAUUCGUACCUAAGGUAAUAGAAGUGAUUCGUCAUCCAACCGAGCGCGUGGAGAGCGGUCGAGGGUCUGGUUCCGGCUCCGCGCCGGCCGACGAGGAACGCUACCGGGAACUAGUCAAAGAAAAUGAAGAAUUACAAAAAUUAAUUACACAAAAGGAGGAACGUAUUCGGGUGCUGAAACAGAAGCUAGCGGAGCGGGAGGCUGCGGCGGCGGACGGCGUGACGCAAGAUGUGCAGGACGAACGCAUCUGAUCAUCGCGAAACUAUCUUCGAUAAACAUUUACUUAGAGAGUGAUAGUUUAAUGUUAAUUUAAUGUUGAAUCUAUUUAGUACUUUACGACGCCGUAGUUGUUCACCUUAUGAUAAUUUUAAGAGAUAAAGUGUUCUUAUACGUUUAGAUGACAUGAAUCUACGUGAGCGUUUCUAAAUGUUACGGUCCGUUGUUUAUAAGAAUAUUGUUGCUACGAUGAAAUGUAGCCUAAAUCGUUUUGUAUGAACUCCGAGAGCUAUUGUGGUGUAGAAAUUAAAAAUCUAUGAAUUGUUGCUCAUUUUUUAGUAUUAAUUCUCUGUUACGUUGCUAAUUUCAAAUUACUUCAGUGCAUGUUGUUUUACGCUUUCAAGUUACAACAAGUUUGUUAUUUAUUGAAACGUUGUAGAUAUCUCAAUGUUGUUAUAUAGUAUAGAGCUAUGAUAAGUGUUAUACCAUUAACAAUACGAAAUCGUAUUUUCACAUAUCAAAAGAAACCGCGACGGACAAAAAGUUUAAUACAAUUUCAACAGCUUGGCCUUUUAGUACAUUUUGUAUAUUACAUGACACACGGUCAGUGAUAUUGGAUGCCAAAUUCAAAUGAGAUAUUUUAUAGUUAAUUACAAACCUAUGUGUUAUUCCUAAUAGAGUUAGCAAAAUAAUAACAAAGGUUGCUACUAUAAUAAAUAAAAACUCAUGUUGUGUACUAUAAUUGUAUUUUAUUCGAAUUACGAACUUAUAGUUCAAACUUCAUAGUGUACAUAUUUUGAACGAAUUCAACAUUUACCAUACGGUAAUAAUGUAUUACCAUAACAAAAUCCGAUAUGCGAGUUAACGGUCUCCGCUCUCAGAUACAUUUCGGUGUCAAAAAUAAAAUUUUUGGCAAAUAAAAUAGAACAAACGCGGUCCCAAUUUUUGCCAAUAUUUACGUUGCCAUUUCAAUGAACCUAUGUACGUCCAUGGUCGUUUUAAUCAAAGCUACACGAGGUAACGAACUGACAGUUUGUCAAUGAAAGGAGUUUUAGUUCAUUAACGGCCGUCUGGUGUAGUGGUAAGUGACAUGGUCACUACAUACGAGGGUCGCGGGUUCGAAUCCCGCCAAGUGAAGAUAUUUGUAUGGUAAAUAUAAAUGUCUUUUCCAGGGUUACGGAUGUAUAUUAAAUAUAUGUAUGUGUAUAAUAAAAAUCUUAUAUUUAUUUCCGUUAUCUGGUACCUGUAACACAAGUUCUUUACGAACUUAUCACGGGACCAGUUAACGUGGCGUUAUUGUUAGUAAAUAUUUAUUUAUUUAUUAUCUAUUAUAUUGCAUACAACGAGAACAUAGAUUGAUACGCAUUUAAAUAAAACAGACCCUUCGUUUUGAUUAUAAUUAGAGCGCAUGCUGUUCACCGAUAUAAUAAAAUAACAAUUUAAAAUAACAAAACAUACAGCACUGCCAAUUACAAUGUAAUCAUAGAGAUGUUAUUCUUAAAGUAUACAUGAAAACUAGAUUGUUAGUUGUAAUUAACUGUGCGAGGUUAGAUUACUGUUACGUGUACUAUUUUACAUAGAUAUGUCAUAUAGUUCUAGAACUCGAUGAUCCGAUUAGAGAUAUUAUUUAAUUCCUUUUUUGAGGUACAUAGGUUAAUAAUUAAUAGCCGGUUUAAGCUAUGGCUGUUCGAAAAUAUUUGUGUUCGAUCACUUCAGUUAAUAUAAAGGGAGAAGAUAAUAACGGCACAUUAAAUCUUGUGAAAACUCAAAUAGACUUAUUAAUUUCGGUCCAUUAAAACAAAAUAUGAAAACAAUACAUUUUUUUCAAAAACGUCCCUGAGAACACGAAGACGUCCUAUGCCGUGAAUAAUUCUGGCCCAGAUAUUCCUCUACGCGCUUCUAAAAUAUUCAACGGCUAACUUCUACGACGAAACAACUACAAAUUUCGUGUAGAUACUCACAUAAUAUUCGGACAGUAUUAGAGUGAAAAGUUCUAUCUUAUUUAUACAUUAUACUUCUACACUAAUAUAAAAAAAAAAUGUUAAUGAGCGAAUGCAACUACGACAUAGUUCUUUUUUUAAGCUAUUGCAUAGCCUUUAUCGCGAGAUUUGAGCGCGGCGACCGAAUCAAGAAAUUCCGUAACGAAAAUAAAACCUAACACCCCCCCUCCGCCCACCAUGUAGCUCGCGUUCAACGCAUUCACACGUUGCGCUUGUGUAGUGUUUGUGAAUAAGCGCGCGGCGUGACGUCGCACUGCAUGCGUAUCAUGAAAAGUCCGCAUCUCUAUCUCGCGCGGUCUAGCUUAUGAAUGUGAAGGGGACAGUUAAUGUUUUACUUUUGUUAAUGUUUAUAAAUAUAGCGUGGUCUUGUUUUUUUUUUUUAAUAUUAAAUUACUAUUGUCUAAUUAUAAUUGCAUAAGUUGAUAAAAAAUGCUAUGCAAUAGCUUUACCACGGGAUCGCGGCAGUUCCCCAGUACCACUCGUGUUUUUUUUUUUAUAUUCUGUGUUCUCUGAAUAGGCUUAGCUUAGCAUUUACUUAUUUAAUAUUUUGUCUAGACUAACAAUAACAUAUGUCCGUAGCUUUGAGCAUAACGGAAAUCUAUGUGCAUUCAGACCGGCCGCUUCCGUCUGUCUUUUGGCUUGCUUUCGUGUCCCAGUUUUAUUUUAAACAACCUCACGCUCUCGUGAUUUAUGCUACGGAAAUAUUUUAGUUGCCUUAAUUAUUUUUAUCAUCGGAUAUAGUUCGGGAGUAAUUAGAACGAAAUGAAUUUUUCCAGUGUGUUUAAAAUAAGAUAUUAUACUCCGUUCACUUCAGAUAUUAUUCGGUUAUAAAAUUUAUGUUUGAAUACAUGAAAUUGUUUCUUAUUUAAAUGAAAGUCUUAAUAAUAAAACGUAUAACAUCAUGUUCAAAUAAAUAAGUACAACGAACUCAAUUUUAAUUUAAAUAGUAUCUAAGGAGGUUUGAAAUUCCAUCUGCUCUCUUGGUUGUUGAAUGUUUGAUCUGAACAAGAUUGCUUUAUGAAAUUAAAUACAUGAAUAAAAUAUGUACUAAAAUUCUCAUUUGAGAACUCGCCAGGGAAUCUUUUUUAUAGUUUCUCUUUCAGAACACUUUUCGGCCUUCAUAAAAGAUUUGACUGCAUAGAAUUAGUACGUGUGUUAUCAUCAUAUAAAAUUAUUAUAUUGUACGUUAUAGUUUUCGAAACAUAACAUACCUACAAUACAGUGUCGUUGAUAUUCCAAAUUUUAUUAAACUUAAAUAUUUUAAAUUAUAUUUAUAAUUAAGCCCAUCAGAGCCCUACUGUCCAAAUUUGAUUCGAUUAAUUCUUCAUAGUUCGAUAAUCAUGUGCUAGUUAGUAUAGUUAGUUAGCUGUCGUCAAUUCAAAUGUAAACUGCAUUGUUGUUUACGGCUAUUCUCCUGUGAUUGAUAACUUUGGUUGUUAACCGUCACUGUGUCAUUAUUGUGUAAAUAAACAGUCAUCGAAUGAUUUCAAUGUGAAA